CACAAGGGUAGCUGCGUUGAAAUCAACGGAACCAUAUGGUUCGUUUAGAUCGUCGAGAAAAUCGGGAGCAACUUUGGCGACCACAACGGCCAUGAACAAGAAGCUGAGUGAAGAAAUGGAGAACAGAAACAUGAGACAUCAGUUCAGGGUAAAACCAUAAAAAAUGCCCGGCACAGUUUGAAAUCGAGCCAAUGUCAAAGGAUCCAGGUACAGAAGAAAAGAAGAAAGGAAAUAUGGUUGAGCUCUCGAAAAACCAUUUCAUUCCCAACCAAGCCUACCCUAGAAGAGCUGAGAAGAGAAAGUCAACCAUGUGCUUGUCAAGCUUGAAAAUAUUUGUGUACCUAAAGGGAGGUAGUCUCGAACUUGGCUGUUUUGAAUCGCGAAAUGGAAUCUGGAACUACGGUGUUUCUCCUCUCCGUUACGGGUCAAAUUGCUUCGGCAGAUUUUCCGGGCAUGAAUGACCUCUAUUGCAAGCAUUGCUUUGUGGCGGGACAAGAUUGGGCGGUCACGGGUGGACAGGAAGAGGGCAUCAGCCAGAUUGCCCGUGCCUCUCUUGACGGACAACGGCGCAUUGUUUGGAACUUCCCUUUGGACAUCACAUUCCGGUCCACUUCUCCCUUCGGAUGGCCCCAAAUCGUCAUCAGCGUCUUUGAGAUGGAUAGCUUUGGCAAUGAAGUGAUCCGUGGAUAUGGCGCCGUACACAUCCCACUCUCUCCGGGUACUCACAAUGCCAAGAUCCCAAUGUUCGUCCCAGAAUCCUCAAGUCUGAUCCAAAGAUUUACGGGGAUGAUCAUGGGCAAACGACCCGAAUUCGUUGAUGCCCGUGUGGUGGCCAAUGGUGAGGGCCGGGAUGUCACCAGAGUCAAUUCACAAGGUUGGGUCAAGGUCCAGUUCAACAUAAUCACCAAAGACUUGAAGCGGUUAGGUUACGAACACUCGGCCCAAGGAGCCAACUCUGAGGUCAAGAACCAAGGACCCAGCGAAGGUAUGGGAUUACUAACGAAAACCAAUGGAAGUGGAAGGUCGAAAGCGAAGGCCAACGAAAUUCUAGCUGGCGAUGGCGACGAAGAGGGCGAACCUGACAAUGAUCGACGAGUUUCCAACGAUCAAUCUUCAGUUCAAAAUAUGAAUUGAAAUCAAGAGUCCAAA